UAGAAUGUCUAGUUUUGGGUUUUAUUUCACAUUCAUAAUAAUGGCUAAACCUCUAAACAUCGUCUGUAACCCUUCGGUUUCUCUUCUCAAGCAAGACCCAUGGCCUUUCUCCUUCGUUUUCCUGUAAAAAUCAUCUCAUAUUUUCUUGAUUUUCUUGUUUCUUGGUUCUCGAUAAAUUUAUUUUCCGGCGACCAUAAUAAUGGGUAGCGGAGGAGACAAAAGUCUAAAGAAUUUUCACCUGCAUCUCCCUCAUCAUCACCACCACCAUAAGAAGCAAGCUAGAGACGUACCGAAGGGUUGUUUGGCGAUAAAAGUAGGGCAAGGUGAAGAACAGCAGAGAUUUGUAGUUCCGGUGAUAUAUUUUAAUCAUCCGCUGUUCAUGCAAUUGCUUAAAGAAGCGGAGGAAGAGUAUGGAUUUGAUCAGAAGGGUACCAUCACUAUCCCUUGCCACGUGGAGGAGUUUAGAUACGUUCAAGGUAUGAUUGAUAAGGAGAAGGCCAUACACCACCACCACCAUCACGGUGGCUGUUUUAGGGUUUGAUGAUGAAUAUGAAUCGAAGAUUCUGUUCAUUUGGGUGCCAAACUAGGCCUAACCCUUUUCAGUUUAUGGAUCUUGUAUGGUUCUAAAAAUAUGUAAAUUCGGAGUCUUUUUUUAGGGUUUGUUUUUUCUUCUUUUUUUCUUUUUUUGUUAGACGUUUGGUGGUGUUUGGCCGACGAGAAAAGAGUUCGAUGACGAUGAAGAUCAAUGAUAUGAUGACGACAAAAAAAUGUUGUAUUUGAUCUUUGUUAUUAGGAAUCUUGAUUAAUGAAAAAAAAAGAAUUAAAUGAUUUGUUUUCUUUAA